CCCCUGGGCUGGUCAUUCCUGAACUUUUAUAAACAGCUUGUCAGUCCCCUGUAAGACUCAGCCUAGAUCUCAGACACAGAGUUGUGGCUCAGCCUUCACUGUUUUGAAAAAACAUUGAUCCGUAAGAGGAGAGAAGGAACCCAAAAAGCUGGAAAGAUAGUUCCCAGCCAUCCUCAUGAUGCUUUCAGUCCUGAGUGCCACCAUCAUCCUGGCCACUUGCGUGUCCUAUGGUGCAAUGGAACUAGCUGGGGAGGAGUCCAACUUGAAGAGGGCAGAGCAGAUCAAUGACAUCCAGAAAAAAGUCAGUGACCUGUGGCAUAGGCUUGUCUAUGUGAAACCAGUCACCUCAGGCAGAGAUGAACACACUGUUUAUGCCAACUGCCAGGUAAAGCCUUCUUCUACUUUAGAGGCCAAUAAAUCCCAAGUGACCGGGCAGGUCCUAUUUAAACAGCUCUACCCAGAUGGGAAGAUGGAUGUCUUCUUUGAUCUGUCUGGAUUUCCAACAAAUAACAGGAACGCCUCUUGCCGGGCUAUUCACAUCCACAAGUUUGGAGACCUCAGCAAUGGCUGUGAUGGAACCUCUGGUCACUAUAACCCACAUGAGGUAAACCACCCCCAACACCCAGGGGACUUUGGGAACUUUCCCGUGAAGGAUGGCAAGAUCAGAAAGUUCCGAUUCAACGUUUCAGCUUCUCUCUUCGGGCCCUACUCUGUCCUGGGUAGGGCCAUUGUAGUUCAUGAGCAAGAGGAUGACCUUGGCAAAGGCGGCAACAAGGGCAGCCUGGAGCAUGGAAAUGCUGGGAAGCGCCUCGCCUGCUGUGUCAUUGGCAUCUGUGGGCCAGAGCUCUGGAACAAGAAGGCCUUGGACAAUGCUUCACGGAAAAAGAGGAGGCUAGAACGUGGGGGUAAGACUGCCUGAAGCAAGGGUUCCUGCAGGCCCUUGAUCCACAUCCCGGUCAAGUUAGUCAUCUCUGGCAAACAUCCCCGGCUGCUUAGAGUGCUGGCAUGAGGCUCGGUCUUUAGCUGCGCUCAGGUGUCAUGUAAUAAAGGAGCUUCAACACAAUAUUG